AUGAGGUUGCAACAAUUCUUUUUUGCAUUUUGUAUUUUUGUGAUGAGUCUUCUUCUUAUCAACGGACAGAGACCAGCUAACUUGGCAUUAAGAAGAAAAUUGCACAGACACAACUGCCUUCAGAGGAGAUGUAUGCCUCUCCAUUCCCGGGUGCCCUUCCCCUGAGAUCUUCGCUAGCUAACCUCACCUGGUCUGCCAGAAGAGUCGUGAAGAAAAGAUACCCACCCACGCCAUAGAGUGACUGCUUAGAAGUUCCUGUACGAAAAGGAAUCAUUUGAAAGUACCUGCGAUGGUUUAUUAGUUUUACAGGAUUCUCUUUUUCCUAGUUUCUCUUUAGAGAGGAAAAUAACAUAAAUUCAAAAGCAA